AAUUAUAUUUAAAAGGUAGUGAAGUGAAACUCAAGUAGACAUGAUAAUUUGAAAGAAAUUGAAUAAUUAUUGAGAAUGGAGAGGGCGCGAGCGAGAGGUGCGGCGGCUAGAGACGACAGAGAUUCCAGACGGCGGCAGGCUUACAGGCGGCGACAGGGUAACGAUGGGUCCGAUAACCUGGUUCCAGGGAAGGCAUUUUUCUUCUACAAUUUUCCAGAGACAUGUUGCGCAAAGGAUUUAUGGUAUCACUUUCAAAAGUAUGGGCGUGUUGUGGAUGUCUAUGUGCCUGGGAGAAGAGAUAAGCGGGGGAAACGGUUUGGGUUUGUACGCAUGUCUGGAGUGCAGUCUGCAGAGGAAAUGGAGAGGAAGCUUAAUGAUCUCUGGAUUGGGUCAUAUAAGGUUCGGGUAAAAGUUGCAGAGGACAGGAGGCGGCAAUUCUCUAGAGUUAGAAGGGCUCCGAGGGUCUUAGAGGUAAGAAAACCAGAGCACAGAAUGGAUAGACUUGUUCAACCGGGCCAUUCUUAUGCACAGGCAGUGGUGGGGGUUCGUUCACAGAGUAGGGAGCCUACCAAUAGUGCAGGGGCAGCGCGCGAGAAGGAAGGGCAACUUGUGGAGAACGAGAUAACUGGUUCCUGUGUCAAGGAGGCUGUAGGUCAUGAGAGGGUGGAGAUCAGAUCUGAGCAGUCCAAGGAAGAGGCUAUUGAAUUUGCACCAACGAAGGAAGAAACCAAAUGGCUUGAAGGAAGUAUGGUUGCUGAGGAUGUUUGGUUGAUUACUCUCAGCAAAAUAAAGACUUGUUCGAUUUAUGGUUUGAAUCGGUGUAACCAUGGACAUUGGCAACUCCAGCAAGCUGUAGGUGAAUUGGUGGGUGAAGUGGUUCGGAUUCAUGAAGAUACUUCAAACAAGAUUAUAUUGGGUGACGGAAGGGUUUUAAUCCUCUACUCUGAAAAGAGUAAGAUUCUCCGAACUGUACUAUUGAAAGUGGAGGACCAGGUGUAUGAGGUAGGGAUGAUGGAGGAAGAAUGGCGUUCCGAUCCCGAUUGGUGGCUGUCGGACGGCGAUAGGCGGUGUGAAUCGGAAACUGAAUCGGAAUAUUCAUUAUUGCCUAACGGUAGUGAGGAUGCUGACUUGAUUCACGCCGCAAUAAGUGGAGGGAAUGCGGAUAUAUUUGAGGAGGAGAUGCUGGAGAAGGAAGAUGAUUCAAAUUCAAACAGGAAUUUUGUAACAGAUGGCAGUGAAGGCCGGCUUUCCGAAACGGAAGAUAUUGAAGACGGGUUUAGUGGGCUUAAUAAUUGUAAUGGGUUGGAAAGGGUUCAGCGGACUGGACCUGAGGAGUCUUAUGGGCCCAGUGCAAAGAUGUCUCCAAAGAGGGCCAGGGUCGGUACUAAAAUAGCGUCUGUAGCAACCAAAGAGCAUGUCUUGACCCCUGUUCAGCAACUGGAAAACAGGGGUGCGAUGGGUAAGCGGCGGAAGCAUCUUGUGGAGUGCUACCCGCCAAAUCUGGCUGAAAUUGGAGACAAUAGCACCCAAUGGGUCACGGCGAGGUCCAAGCAGAGACAACGAAGAUGGAAACAGGCUCAACAGGAGGCGCCGACGGAGGUAAGGGAAAGUAUCUCUCUUUUGGAUCGGUGCCUAGCUAAUAGAAAUCGGGUGAUUCAGAGGGAAAUGAAUUUACUAGAAGUUAGAAGGUUGAUUAGUGUGGGGAAGAGGCUGGGUGUUCAGAUUCAAGGGAAUGAAGAGGAGGUCCAGUCCAGAUUGUUGCAACUAGAAGAUCCGGUGGUGGUGACGGGGCAGUGUAGGAACGAUGCGGGAUUGGGGGGAUCGGUGAAAAGGAAGGAGGUAGGGAGAGUGGUAAGAAUCGAGAGGCCUGAUUUUUUGUUUUUGCAAGAGACUAAAUUGCAGAAAGUGGAUGGAAGCGUGUGUAUGGGGUUGUGGUAUUCUGAUGAAUGUGACUGGGUUAUGAAGGAAUCAAUCGGUGCUUCAGGGGGUUUAAUUUGUGUCUGGAAUACUGUUAAUUUUGUUAAGCUAGGGGAGUUUGUUGGAGAUGGGUUUUUGGGGAUUGAAGGGAUUUGGGGUUCGGGAAAGGUGCUAUGUUAUUUUGUGAAUGUGUAUGCUUCCCAGGAUAGGUGUACAAAGGCGAGGUUAUGGGAGGAGUUGGGUACGAUGGUUAUGGAAAAGGGAGGUUGUUGGAUGAUUGCAGGUGAUUUUAAUGCUGUUAGAUGUCCUGAAGAAAGGAGAGGUAGAACUGGAGUAUGUCCAGAGAUGGAGGAAUUUAAUGUGUUUAUCGAGUCAACAGGAUUGGGGUUACAUGGAUUAAUUCGAAAAUCAGAGGAGGAGGGGUUGUUUAGGGGUGUUGAAGUUGGGAAGAGGGGCCUGGUUGUAUCCUUGCUCGAGUUUGCUGACGAUACCGUGAUUUUGGGUAAAGCUGAUGGGGAGAAUGUUUUCAUGGUUAAAGCAGUGCUACGAUGGUUUGAGUUGAUGUCCGGGUUGCGGAUUAAUUUCAGUAAAAGCAGUGUUUACGGCUUUAAUGUAUCGACAAGGUGGUUGAAUGGGAUGGCUUGUUCCUUACGGUGUGGGGUUGGAAAAACACCUUUUUUGUAUUUGGGUCUACCUAUUGGUGGUAAAUUUGGAAGUAAAAAAAUGUGGGAACUAGUGGUAAAUAAGUUUCGUGCCAAACUUGCCGUCUGGAAGUCUGUUUCGUUGUUUUUUGGCGGCCGCAUCACUUUGCUCAAUACGGUACUCUCUGCUUUACCCAUUUUUUACAUGUCUCUAUUUUUAAUUCCUUGUUCUGUGGUUGCUGAAUUGGUUAAAAUCCAAAGGAGGUUUCUGUGGGGGGGGGGGGCUGGAUUGAGUAGGAAAAUUCCAUGGGUUAAAUGGGAUGUGGUUUGCGGCAACAAGGCGCAGGGAGGUUUAGGGGUGUCGGAUUUGCGUAGGAAAAAUUGGGCAUUAUUAGCAAUUUCUAAUUUAAGAGUGUCGAAGGUAUGGAAGGAUAUCAUUAGCAUCGGGGGGAGAUCAGUUAGGCUGAGGAAUAUGUUAGGGAAUGGGUUUAGAUGGGAGGUAGGGUGUGGAAGUAGGGUGGGUUUUUGGAGGGAGAAGUGGGCGGGUGACAAUUCUUUAAGGGAUUUAUGUCCCAGACUAUUUGCCUUGGCUGCGAAUAAGGAAGGUUCGGUGGGUGACAUGGGGGAAUGGGUAGGAGAUAGGUGGCAGUGGAAUCUGGUUUGGAGAAGGGGGAGAAUGGGGCGAGAAAAGGACGAGGAGGAGGCUUUGUGGGGGGUAGUGGAUUGCGUUCAUUUAAAGAAAGGUCGGGAGGACGUUUGUUCUUGGAUUCAUGACCCAGGGGGAAAAUAUUUGGUUAGGACAGCUUAUGAAUUUUUAUUUCCUGAGGAGUGUCAUCUGGAUACCCAAUACUGUAGGCUUAUUUGGUGUAGCAAGAGGGAUUGCUUUGUGGUUUGUGUCAUGAAGGGCUGGAGGAUGUAGAUCAUUUAUUUUGUACUUGUAGGGAAGCUUGGUUAGUUUGGGUUAAGGUGCUGAAAUGGUGGGGUUUUGAAACUGUCAUGAUGUAUACAGUUAGGGGUGUGGCAGAUUUCUUCUUGUUUGAUUUAGGUAGAGUUAUAGGGAAGGAGUUGGGUGCAUGUGUUUUUCUUGUUGUUGCAUGGUAUCUUUGGUAUUGGAGGAAUGCUUUUGUAUUUAAGAAUUAUGGGAGUAUGCAGGAGUGUUUGUUGGAUAAGGUACAAAUGAAGUCUUUCUUUUGGGUUAAAAAUAAAGUGGAUGGCUGUGCUUUCUCUUUGUAUGAGUGGCAGAUGAAUCCAAUUGAGUGUGCCUUAGCUAUUAAAAGGUAUAAGAGGAUGUUGAAGAGUUUUCAAAAGCAGCAGCAACGUAGUAUCUGAGUUCUUCAUGUAGGCAUUCAUGAGAUGCUGUUUCUGGUCAGCUUUGCUAUUUUUGGCAGCUGGUCUGGUUUGUUAAUGCCAACACUAGGAUCUUACCUUUGUAUAUGGGUUGGAGUACCCCUUGUACUCCCUCAAAUAAUAUAAUUUCCUUUGUUUU